CCUCGCCGCGGGUGGUGCGGCAAAGCUUGGCCCCGCCAGGCCGCCGUCGGGGGCGGGUCCGCGCCGCAGCCAUGGCGGCGCCCGUCGUUCCGGAGAGCGACAGCAUCCGCAGGGCCGUGUCGCUGCUCAACGCCGUGGACCCGGGCCGGUUUCCGCGGCUCCUCUCCCGCCUUCUCCAGAAGCUGCACCUGAAGGCUGGAAGUACCUUCAGUGAAGAGGAGGAAGAAAAACUUCAAAUAGCUUUUUCAUUGGAAAAACAAGAUCUUCAUCUGGUUCUUGAAACUAUAUCAUUCAUUUUGGAACAGGCAGUCUAUCACAAUUUGAAGCCUGCUUCACUGCAACAGCAGCUACAAAGCAUUCACCUGGAUCAAGACAAAGCUGAAGCAUUUGCUAGUGCAUGGGCAGCUGCAGGUCAAGAUACGAUUGAAAAGUUCAGGCAGAGGGUUUUGACCCCUCAGAAGCUUGAAACAAUUGGAUGGCAACUUAAUCUUCAAAUGGCAGAGUCCAUGCAAGCAAAGCUGAAGUCUCCUCAAGCUGUGCUGGAGCUGGGAGUGAGCAAUGAAGAUUCAAAGAACCUGAAGAAGGUGUUUGUAGAAUUUAGCCACCAAGAGCUGUUUGAGUUCUACAACAAGCUGGAAACUAUACAAGCACAGCUGGAUUCCCUUACGUGAUGUUUUUGAAGACUUAUUUCUCCAUCACGCUCCUGCCGCCUCAUUAUUUUGAAUUGAAGAUAGAUUGCCAAGCUGUGUUUGCUGAAGGAUUCAGCGGGUUGCUUCUUGUAAAAUUAUAUGGCUUAUCUGCUUUUUAGACCAGUACCAUUAACCAAGAGUCUUUGUCAAGAGUCUGAAGAUUCUAAUGGACUUUCUCUUGUUUGCUUAGCAAUUGUGAAAAAUGUCUUCUUUACUUGCAGUGGGGGAACACCCUGCCCACCCCCCCCUCCCCACUCCCCCCCCCAAAAAAAUGAAUGCUACCCUGCUUCAGAAAUAUUUUUUUCAUGCUAUUAUGUGUGUUAACUCGAUUCUGGUAGAAAUUUGCAUGCUAGUGAGAGACUAGGAAAAAAAUCCUUCUUUGUAGACAUAAAUGUAAAAGUUGUAAGAAAAUACACAGCUAAUAAAAUCUCUAUCCUUUUAAAAUACUGUUCACUCAAUUGAUAAUGCUUCUUGCAGAUUUGUCAAAAUAAAUUCAGAAUUUAAAAAGUA